AGUUAAGAGAGGCAAAAUAUGUAAUAAGCCUAAAAUGAAAAAUUAGAAGGGAAGCGUUUGAUGGAUGAUGACCGGGUCGAACAGUAUUAUUUUUUAAAAGCAUUUCUAGGAAGUCCUUUCGGUGAUCAAAUCAUUGUUUCAAUUUUCUGAAAUCAUGUUGCUAACUCGAACCAAAUCAAUUCACAAUAACAAUUCCCCCAAUUUCUCUUGCUCUUCCUUCAAAGAUAUUCAUACCCUUUUCUCCGACGAUCCAAAUUACAACUCCUCACCCAUUUCCACCACCAAAAAACCCAAUAUAUUCCACCGUGUCCGUCGUGUUAACGCUGUCCUCCGUGCCUUCUCAACCCGACCCGCACCCAAACCCGAAUUGAUCCAAAUCCCAGGAGCUGAGAAAAAGAUAGUGAUUUACUUCACAAGCCUGAGAGUAAUCCGUUCUACAUUCGACGAUUGCAAAGCCGUUCGAUCAAUUCUGUCUAGUUUCCGCGUUUCGAUCGACGAACGAGAUAUAUCCAUGGACGCUGGGAUCAUGGAAGAGCUAAAAGCAAUAUUGGGUGAAAAGACGAAAUUGUCCUUGCCGAGAGUUUUUAUAGGAGGCAAGUACAUUGGUGGGGCUGAGGAGAUUAUUCAGUUACAUGAAGCUGGUGAGCUGAAGAAGUGCGUUGAAGGGUUAACUCCGGCGGAUUUAAGCACGUGUGAAGUGUGUGGCGGAAAUAGAUUUAUUCUGUGCGACGAGUGCAGUGGAAGUCACAAGUUUUAUAGCGAGAAAAAUGGAUCUAGGACUUGCCCGGUUUGUAAUGAGAAUGGUUUGAUCAGGUGCCCUUCUUGUUACUAUGCAACAUGCUGAAUGUAGUAGCACUUAUAAGUAUAAUUAGGCUAGUCAGAUAGUAUUAGCUGAAAAUUUUAGUAUUUCAUUUUCUUUGUCAAUUUUCCAUUGGCAGUUUCUAAUAUUAAUCUGAUUGGUGCAUUGGGGUGUGUUUAUAAGCUAAGAAGGCAGUUUGGUUAAGUUGCAAAAUGUUCACAUCAA